UUCCAGGUGGGGGGAUGAUAUUGCGGAUCUGGGGUCGAGUGCCUUAUACAGGUAUAUAAAAGCCCCUUCCCUUCCACACAAACUCUCUCCUCCACCAUCCCCUACAAUAUACCACCUUACUGACUCACUGAGCUCGUCGUCUCCGGCCGCCGCAAACCGCCGUAAGCAGUGACACUUUUUCGAGUUCGCUGCGCACAGCACCCCUUCAUAUAGCAUUGCCGAAAUGGCGAACUUAGCAAUGACCGGUAUACUGGAGAAGAUGACGGGCAAGGAUAAGGAUUUCAGAUAUAUGGCUACUUCUGAUUUACUGAACGAAUUAAACAAAGAUAGUUUUAAAGCUGAUUCUGAUCUGGAGAUAAAGUUGACAAGUAUUAUUAUACAGCAACUUGAUGAUGUUGCUGGUGAUGUAUCUGGAUUGGCCGUGAAAUGUCUCGUUCCAUUAGUUAAGAAGGUCAGCGAGCCACGAGUUGUGGAGAUGACAAAUAAGCUUUGUGAGAAAUUGCUAAAGGACAAGGAUCAUCGUGAUAUUGCAAGCAUAGCUUUGAAGACUAUUAUUGCUGAAAUUUCCACUCAGUCUCUUGCCCAGUCUAUUCUUCUAUCUAUUUUGCCGCAGUUGGUUAAAGGAAUUACUGAUCCAGGAAUGAACCAUGAGAUCAAAUGUGAAUGUCUUGAUAACUUAUGUGAUGUUCUUCAUAAGUUUGGCAAUUUAAUGGCAACUGAUCAUGAGCUGCUAUUAAGUGCUCUCUUGUCUCAGUUGAGCUACAAUCAAGCCAGCGUGAGGAAGAAAACUGUGUCAUGCAUUGCUUCCCUUGCAUCGAGCUUGUCAGAUGAUCUGUUAGCAAAGGCAACCACUGAAGUUGUCCAGAAAUUGAGAAAUAAAGGCACAAAAUCAGAAAUGACUCGAACAAAUAUUCAGAUGAUUGGUGCUUUAAGUCGUGCUGUUGGAUAUCGUUUUGGACCCCAUCUUGCUGACACUGUCCCAGUGUUAAUUAAUUACUGCACAAGUGCAUCAGAGAAUGACGAGGAGCUUCGUGAAUACAGCUUGCAGGCAUUAGAGAGUUUUCUGCUUAGGUGCCCCAGGGACAUUUCUCCGUAUUGUGAUGAAAUUCUUCAUCUUAACUUGGAAUAUCUAAGUUAUGACCCAAACUUCACGGAUAACAUGGAAGAAGAUACUGAUGAUGAAACUCAUGAGGAGGAGGAAGAUGAUGGGAGUGCGACAGAAUAUACAGAUGAUGAAGAUGUCAGCUGGAAAGUUCGUAGAGCAGCAGCUAAAUGCUUAUCAGCAUUAAUUGUAUCACGUCCUGAGAUGCUAUCAAAGCUGUAUGGGGAGGCUUGUCCGAAAUUAAUUGACAGAUUUAAAGAGAGGGAGGAAAAUGUCAAGAUGGACAUUUUCAAUACAUUCACUGAACUGUUGCAGCAAACUGGAAAUGUUACAAAAGGACAAAAUGACAUAAAUGAACAGAGUCCAAGGUGGCUACUGAAGCAAGAAGUGCCAAAGAUCAUCAGAUCUAUAAAUAGGCAGCUACGUGAGAAAUCUAUCAAGACAAAGGUUGGUGCGUUUUCCGUUUUGAAAGAACUUGUGGUGGUCUUGCCAGAUUGCCUGGCGGAUCACAUUGGCUCACUCAUUCCCGGAAUUGAAAAGGCAUUAAAUGAUAAGUCCUCUACCUCCAAUUUGAAGAUUGAAGCUCUUAUAUUUACAAGAUUGGUCUUGGCAUCGCAUUAUCCUUCUGUUUUCCAUCCUUACAUCAAGGCUCUUUCUAGUCCUGUUUUAUCUGCUGUGGGGGAGCGUUAUUACAAAGUCACAGCUGAGGCAUUAAGAGUGUGUGGGGAACUUGUCCGUGUGGUUCGCCCAAAUAUUGAGGGAGUUGGUUUUGACUUCAAACCUUACGUUCAUCCAAUAUAUAAUGCCAUAAUGUCACGCUUGACAAACCAAGAUCAAGAUCAGGAGGUCAAGGAAUGUGCUAUAUCUUGCAUGGGUCUAGUUGUGUCAACAUUUGGGGAUAACCUUGAUGUUGAGUUACCUGUAUGCCUUCCUGUGCUUGUUGAUCGAAUGGGAAACGAGAUUACUCGACUUACAGCUGUGAAGGCAUUUGCCGUCAUUGCCGCUUCUCCGCUGAAAAUAGAUCUGUCCUGUGUGUUGGAGCAAGUGAUUGCGGAGUUGACUGCAUUCCUAAGGAAGGCUAAUCGGCCUUUAAGACAGGCAACAUUGGGGACCUUGAAUUCCCUAAUUGUUGCUUACGGCGACAAAAUUGGUUCAGCAGCUUAUGAAGUUAUUAUUGUAGAGCUUGCUACACUGAUAAGUGAUUCAGACUUGCAUAUGACGGCCCUUGCCCUGGAACUCUGCUGCACCUUGAUGGCUGACAGGUCAAGCCCAGUUGUUGGUUUGGCUGUUAGAAGCAAAGUUCUUCCGCAAGCACUAACAUUAAUUAGAAGCUCAUUGCUGCAGGGGCAAGCCCUUUCGGCUUUGCAAAACUUUUUUGCUUCCUUGGUGUAUUCUGCAAAUACAAGUUUUGAUGCCUUGCUAGACUCUCUUCUUUUGAGUGCUAAACCAUCUCCUCAGUUGGGUGGGGUUGCAAAGCAAGCUUUGUAUUCAAUAGCUCAAUGUGUGGCCGUCCUUUGCCUUGCUGCUGGUGACAAGCAAUGUUCAUCUACCGUGAAAAUGCUCACUGAAAUUCUCAAAGAUGACAGCACUACAAAUUCAGCUAAGCAGCACCUUGCUUUGCUGUGUCUCGGGGAGAUUGGGAGGCGGAAAAAUCUAGGCUCCCACGACCAUAUAGAGAAUAUUGUCAUUGAGUCCUUUCAAUCUCCUUUCGAAGAGAUUAAAUCUGCAGCCUCCUAUGCUCUUGGCAAUAUUGCUGUUGGUAACCUACUCAAGUAUUUGCCUUUUAUAUUGGACCAGAUUGACAAUCAGCAGAAAAAACAGUACCUCUUGCUUCAUUCUCUGAAGGAGGUCAUAGUAAGGCAAUCUGUAGAUAAAGCAGAGUUUCCAGAUUCCAGUGUUGAGAAGAUACUUAAUUUACUUUUUAAUUACUGUGAAAGCGAGGAAGAGGGUGUUCGCAACGUUGUAGCUGAGUGUCUUGGUAAAAUAGCACUUAUUGAACCCACAAAACUUGUUCCUGCACUGAAGGUACGAACAACCAGUCCAGCUGCUUUCACAAGAGCUACUGUUGUCAUUGCAGUUAAAUAUUCGAUAGUUGAGAGGCCGGAGAGGAUAGAUGAGAUAUUGUAUCCUGAAAUUGCAUCAUUCCUGAUGCUUAUUAAGGAUCAUGACCGGCAUGUGAGGCGUGCGGCUGUGUUGGUUUUAAGUACAUUUGCCCACAAUAAGCCAAAUCUGAUCAAGGGGCUCCUGCCAGAGUUGUUGCCGCUUCUUUAUGAUCAAACUGUAAUCAAGAAAGAAUUGAUCAGGACAGUUGAUCUCGGCCCUUUUAAGCACAUUGUAGAUGAUGGACUUGAGUUAAGGAAGGCUGCAUUUGAAUGUGUGGACACAUUGCUGGAUAGUUGUCUUGAUCAAGUGAACCCUUCGUCUUUUAUUGUUCCUUAUCUUAGAUCUGGUCUGGAUGAUCAUUAUGAUGUUAAGAUGCCUUGCCAUCUUAUCCUCUCAAAGCUUGCCGACAAGUGUCCAUCUGCUGUACUGGCAGUGCUGGACUCGUUGGUGGAUCCUCUCCAAAAAACUAUCAACUUUAAGCCAAAGCAAGAUGCUGUCAAGCAAGAAGUAGACCGCAAUGAAGACAUGAUUCGCAGCGCUCUGAGAGCUAUUGCAUCCUUGCAUCGUAUAAGCGGUGGAGAUUGCAGCCUUAAGUUCAAGAACCUUAUGAAUGAAAUUUUAAAAUCUCAAACGCUCGGUGACAAGUAUGUUUCUAUCCGAAAUGAAUGACCUGCCUGUCUUGUUGUAGUCCACAACGAAUGAAAGAAAGGAGAUUACAUCUCUCUUGUUAUCGGACAUCUGCGGGCUUAAGAAGCUUUUCUGCGGCAGAACACAAGAAACAGAUGGAGGCCAUAUGAACAUGUUCUCUUAUCGUAGAAACGCCGGUUAUGGUUCUUGUAUAGGUUUGAAGUAAUUGCGUGGUUUUUAGCUUGUGCAACCGUAUUUUUGUUGCGCGAUCUCAGGAUCAGUACCGUCCCCUCCCGAACUCUUCUAUUCACCUGGUUAGGAUCAAAAUCGCCGAAUUUUGUUUUCCGGUAUGUUGGAGGAAGCAAGUUUACUACAGAAAACGCAUGUAUUGGUGUGGAAUCUCUAAAUUGUUAUUGGAAGUUAAAAUUUUCAAAUUUAUGUUACAAUUCACUUAUUUUGAUGAUAAGUAAACUUACGGUUAACAAAA